UCUAUUGGAAAGCAGAGUUGUCUGGCUACUCAGUAGCAGGGCUUAGGGACGAAGGAGGCUCUUAAGCGGAUGGAGACUGAGAAGAAGCUACAGCUGGAGGAAGCGGAGCAGGUUCCACCAAAGGAAGCUCCAGCCCUUAGCCGGAUGGGGCCAAAACAGGGGCCGCAGAUGGACGAGGGUCUAAUUCAACCGGUGGAGGAGGUGGAGCAGGGGCUGCAAAAGGCAGAAGUUUUUCUUCACGGGAUGGAGGAGAACCAGAGGUUGCAGAUGGAGGCAGAUCAGAAGGGGCUACUGGAGGAGACCCUCCACCCAAUUGAGGAGGAGCAGGGGCUACAGAUGGAGGAGACUCUUCCCCCGAUGGAAGUGGAACAGGGUCUACAGAUCGAGGAGGCGCUGGGCCUCCACCGGAUGGAGGCAGAGCAGGGGUUACAGAUGGAGGAGAUGGAGGCGGAGUUGGCGGAGAUGAGGGCAAAAACUAGCCGCAUGAGAGAGAAAAGGACGGAAGUGGAAGCUGCCGUUGAAGCGAAGAGAAGUGAGCUGGAGUUGAGGAAGAUAAACCGCGAUCGACGCCUUGCCCAACUGCUGCUUCUGGAAGAAGCAGAGCAGGUCUUCCUGGACAUUCUGUUCCCGCCACCAAACUGAAACGAGGAGACAGAAUUCAUUUGCUGUCAUGUUUGGUUCAACUAGCUAGUUCUGUUACAUUUUCUUUCUGUCUACACUCUACUUAGCUUAUCUCCUGCUGUUUCAUUGUGUUUGUGUUUGCAAAAAUCAUAUAAUAGGCCUUCUGUUGAACCAUAUAAAUAGACAGCCGUAAC